AUGGGUAGUCCUGCUGCGCCAUACAAUAGUGCCGUAUGCGCUGUGCAAAAACUGAUUAACAAGUUGGAGGAUGAAAUGCAUGAGGCCGUCACUAAAGUACUUGUUGAAAAUAACAUCAAACUGAACGAGCACUACAGCGCCCGGCACGAGGUGAUCACAAAUGCCAUUAAAAACGGUAAACUUCCGACCACAUUUUGGGCAGACGCCAUCAUUGCCGUCCUUCGAGAUGCGCAUGUUGAAGAGGAUCGGGAUGGCAGCCGCGCCGCGGGAAAUGAUGCUGAAGAUGAUGAUGAUGAUGGAAAUCAACUGGGCACUUUUGAUGAGGCGCUGCUUCGGAAACACCUGAAGGAUAUGAUGGUGACAUACAAGGAGACGGGUUCUCGUUUGUCCUUAACAUUUUCACCCAACCCAUUUUUCGAAGAGACAGAGCUUUGGAUUGAAGAAAACCAAUUGAAUAACGAGGGCUCCAAAAACAAUGAUGAUGAUAAUAAUAAUAAUAAUAAUGAUAGUGAUGGCGGUGGUGGUGGCGAUUUCUAUAAAACGUAUGAGGUGUCGGAUAUUACGUGGAAGCCGGACCAUGGCCCAAACUUCGAUGAUAAUGACGGUGAUGGUGGUGGUGGCGAGAAACGAUCCGGCUCGAAGCGGGGCCGCUCAAAUAUGGAUCCCACAAGACAUGGGUGGAGUUUCCUCAACAUGUUCAGUAAAAUUCCACCUCAUCCAUUAGAUGAUUAUUAUGAUGAUGAUUUUUAUGAUGAUAAUGAUGAUGAUGAUGAUGAUGAUGAUAAGAAGUGGAUUGAGGAAGCCAUAGAUAUAUGGGAAGAGGAUAUGGACGAGCGGGAGCAAUUGUUUCGAUUUCUGGUUCGAGAGGUCUGGUCGGAUCCACUCGAGGCAGCGGCUGAGAAAGGAAGCGACAAUGGAGCCGGAACAUCACCCGAAAAGCCAAACAAACACGAAUGA